AUGCUUGCGUUUAUUUUUGCGCCAGACGAAUAUCACUCUCUGUGUUGUCUCUCACAUCAACAUGUCUCGACUUCAUCUAGGGUUACACAUCUUGUUCUUAUGCAGCAUUGUUCUUGCGCAUCAAAGCUUUGGAGGUCGAGUUCAUCAGAUCAAUCAAGAGGAAACUGCGGGCGUUUCGCCUGAGAUUUUGAGUGUUGAGGCGAAAGCAUCAAGUCCACAAGAUAUGAAUCCCAGCCUCAAUUCGUCACACACAGUGAGCUCCAUUCAUGUCCACUUGCCAUACCCUUUCCCACCACAACUUGGUGCUGACACAUAUUUUGCUAGUUAUAUGACUCAAGAACGUGAUAGCGGAUAUUUUGGAGUAAUUGCUACGAUGGACGUCUAUGGAUACGAUCUUAAAGAAGGUCAAAUGAGCAGCGGAUCCAUCUACGUAACUAACUUUGAGGGUCAGAAUAACGAUCAAAUCGUUGUUGGGUGGAUGGUGUCUCCGCCUCGGUAUAACGACUCUAAAACUCAUCUUUCUACGGGUUGGGUGAAAGAUGGAGCACAUAAUUCAAUAUGUGGCGACCUAGACUGUCCUGGUCUUCAGCUUGUGAGUGGGUCUCCCAUAUUCCCCAGUGAUAUCAUAUCCCCAGUCACUGAAGGCAACGGGGCACGGCAAACUAUUACCAUUAAAGUGCUCAAGGACAAGUCGAGUGGGGAUUGGUGGUUACACUGUGGUGUUAACGGCGACCCAAUUCCAAUUGGUUACUACCCGGCGUCUCUAUUUGACCGCUUAUCCAUGAAAGCAACUCAUAUCAUUCUUGGUGGCGUUGUUUCUAGGUCACCAACUACAGGACUUCCUCCAAUGGGCAGUGGAGCCUUCCCCUCUGACUCGGACAAGGCCGCGGUGAUCCGUGACAUUCAACUAAUCGACCAGGAUGGCACAAGCACCCCAAUUGGUGAUGAUAUGCCCGCACAAAUCACCGACUUCAGGGUUUAUUCCGUGUCGCCAAUGGUAGGAUCAAAAUUCUCAUACGGAGGGCCAAGAAAGAUCCAAUCAAACAUGUGAAUUAAUCAGUAUCCCAGCAAGGAAGAUAUAAAUAAAAUCAUUUGUUUUGCCUACAUAA